CAUAGCCAGAAUAUUUGGGGGACACGAAAUUGAGGCCAAUACAAAUAAAGUAGUUGGAACAUAUGGUUAUAUGUCUCCGGAGUAUGCAAUUGACGGGGUUUUCUCGAUGAAAUCUGACAUAUUUAGCUUUGGAGUUUUAGUAUUAGAGAUUGUUAGUGGGAAGAAAAACAGAGGAUUUUCCCAUCUAGAUCACUACCAUAAUCUUCUUGGACAUGCAUGGAUACUUUGGAAAGAGGAAAGGCGAUUGGAACUAACUGGUGAAACAUUAAUUGACUCUCGUCCGCCACCUGAGGUGUUGAGAUGAAUUCAUGUGGGUUUGUUAUGCGUACAACAACGGCCAGAAGACAGGCCGAUCAUGUCGUCUGUGGUUCUAAUGUUGGGAAGUGAGUGUUCAUUGCCUGACCCAAAGCAACCUGGGUUUUUUUCAGAAAGAAAUCUGUUUGAACCUGAGUCUUCAUCAGGCAACUUUUCCAUUUUGGAGGCAAGGUAGAACAUCACCAAUUGGCAUAAAAAAUUAUCUCAACAGCCCUUAGAUAUCCAGACAAUCUGUUUAAUGGUUAGUAUACAAGUCUGUUGUUAAAAUUGUUUGUUUGUGAUGCAAGGGGUAUGAUUCUUGUCAGUGCAAUAGGUGAGUGUCAGGCUUGCGAAUGGUUAGGGAUUAUCCACCUGUCUAAGCCCUACGCAAUUUGAGGAUAUUUCUCGUGCAGAUAACCAA